UCACUGCCUAUUCAGACUUCAAAUAAAUGUUUACAUUUUACAAAGGUCCAUUUAAAUAAAUGUAUUUAACAAUAAUUCUGUUUUUGCAAAUAUAUAUAUAGUUUUUAAGUACUAGACUUGUGAGAAAGUAAAGAUUCUGAAUAUAAAAUAUAACAAAAUGGCAGACUGCAUUUUAUGCCAAAGUGCCAAAGUUCCUCACACUUCAGUUUUUUUAUCUGUGAAUUGGGACAAACUGGAAACUAUCAUGGAACCAACAUUCACUGACAUCAAAGUUAUUGAACAAGAAUCAAUAUGCCAAAAGUGUGACCAGUUAAUUUGUACAUACCAUGAAUUUAAAACAUCCAUCCUUUCAAAUGAAAAAACACUUAAAACCCAUGUGGAAAAUUCUAAGUCAAAUGUAUUAGAAGAACUGCUAGUUCUAGCUGGCCAACUGGACAAGUACAACAAGGAAAAACCAGUAACCUGCUGUAGGACUUGUUAUCAAGUUACGCCACAAAAGAACAGGAUCAAGUUGGAUUCUUACCAGAAUUUUUUAGGCACAAUGGUCCUUACUUGUUUACCAGGGCUUAAUAUAUUUCUAACUGAAGAAUGCUUUAUAUGCUCUCUCUGCCAUAAUACUUUGGUAGCAUUUUACCAGUUUGUCAAUAUGUGCCAGGACAUUGUGAAAAAUAAGAAAGCAUCUAAAAAACCUGUUGAAGAAUAUGAAUCUUCUCCGAAAAAGCCUAAGUUAGAUGCCGAUGUGGGUAAAAGUGAUGGUACAUCUAGUGAAUCUGAAGAACCAUUGCUUCUGGCAACUAAAUAUGAAGAAUAUAAUAAUGAUGAUCCUAUAAAAGUUAAACCAAAAGGAAAGAGAAAAAGUAUAUAUAUGACUAAUAAAACAACAUAUAGAAAGCAGUUAGAAAGAAAAGCGAAAACAAUGAGGAAAAGUGUGCCUACUAAGCCUGUUAAAUCUAAAAGAGGUAGACCAAGAAAAAAAGAAAGGAACACAAAAAUUGAUCAGUUAGGAGACAAACCUACAGUUGAAUCCGAACCCUUAGAAUUGCCAGAAACUGUCGAGGAUAAGCAAACACAUACUGAUGAACCGACUAGCAGUACUAAACGUUUUACGAGAAAUUCAUUAAAAAAAACUGAACCGAAACCGCCAUCACCAGUACAGAUUGAGAAAAAUAAAAAUGAGAUUCAUCAGUGUCAAAUUUGUCAGUUUACAUGUCCGGCACAGGAGAGUGUUAUUUGGACCCAUUUACGUGAACAUAAGACGUCUUUGCCCUCGGGGGCUAAUUGUUGGAAAUGUGGAGCCAUGUUCCAUUCAAUGAGGGGUAUUAUCUCACAUUUUGCCAUACAUGAUAUGGGCCUUUACCUGACUGUUGAAGAAGACCCGUCGUUGAAGAAGAGUGAUAAUAGUAACGACAUUACCGAAAAAAAAUCUGUCUAUUGUAGAUUCAAACAAAUGAAAAAUAUAAUCAACUCGAACUUGUCAGAAUUCGUCAUGGCUAUACAAUGCGAGCUAUGUCAAAAACCGUUCGAUAACUACCUUCACUUUCGGCGUCAUAAUAAACUGCAUAUUAAGGCUGAGAUGCACCAAUGUUCUAUGUGUCCGUUUUCUUGUACUAGCCUCACAGAGAUGCAGAGACAUUUAUAUGUACAUCACGAAAUAAAUGCUCUACAUAAAGUAAUAAUCAAGACAAGCAUUUACAAUGACUUGAUAAAUGAUGGUACGCAACCAAUCAGGGAAAAAAUGAAAGAAGUAGAAACAAUAAGCUGCCAGGCUUGUUGUAACGUAUUUACUUCAAUUCGGGACUAUGUAGAUCACGAAUGUUCCAGUAAAAAAAAGUAUUGCUGUGGAGAUUGUUCCUUAACGUUCGCUACCAUAGAUCAGUUAGAUUCCCAUGGUUGUAUUCCUACUGCUUGGAAAACUCAAUUAAAACCGCCUCCUGAUUUCCAUAUAGUUCAUACCAAUUCCGACGCGCCCACAAUCACGGAAAACCCCGCUCCAAAACCGAAUUUCCAAUGUGCUAAAUGCACGGGAGAUUUUGACAGUGAAAACGAACUUUCGAGCCACGUUUGUGAUAAACCUAUUGAACCCGAAUACCAUUUACCCGUUAUCACUGCCAUUAAGAGCGAAUAUGAGCUAGAAAACAGUCCAACAAAAGUCGACAAAGUAGGCGCAGAAGAAAAUAUUGUGUCCAGUUCCACAAGUGUAGAUGUGCGAAUGUCGGAUAAAGCGUCGGUAGCUGAAGGCGAAGAAAGUUUUGUCUGUAAAUGCUGUCAAUAUUUAGCAAAAAGUCAAGAUAGCUUAACCCUUCAUAUAAAGCAAUGCAUGAAAAGCUGGAAAUGCCCUUAUGAUUUCUUUGCGACCGAUCAAUCUAAAGAUCUAGAAAUACAUCUAUCCUUGGCCCACAACAAAAUAGGCUUUGCGUGUCCCUAUUGUAAUUUUCUCAGUUACGACCAAUUAAAAAUAGUAUCACAUUACGCUUCAAUACAUGCACCCCCUUUGAACCCAGAAGACUCGGAAUUAUCAGAAACUGCCAAGCAAGUGCUUAAAGAUCAACCGUCUGAUGCCAAACAGCCAGAAACUAGUCGAAAUACUCCUGAAAAAAAUAGCAUGUCAUAUACUACAGAACCGCCUCCACUCGUUCCAUUUGAAAAGGAGGCCUUUAGCAGUAAGGAACGAGAAAUAAUUGCGUUAGAUUCCGAUUCGGAAGAUGAAUUUAUCGAGACACCCUCGCACAAUAACAUAAAUACUGGUCAUAUAAACGAAAUUGUUAAUAUUGAUGCUGUGGAGGCAUCGCGGUUGAUUUCGCAAGGAGUUCCCGUUGUUAAGGCGGCAACGUUGAUGUCCGAGUCUCCAAUGAUUUGGCUGGAAACCGACAAUAGUGACAGUAAUGAGAGUAAUAUUCAUGAAAUUCCUUCUACAUCGAGAUCUUCUCAGGACGGCCACGUCAAUAGCAAAAUUACUGAAAUAGCAAUCCCAGAUUCCAGCACUCAAGAUUCUCUUUGUAUUGAAGGUUUUGUUAUAAGUGAUGAUGAUGAUGAUUAUGAUGACAAGACUCCCGAAAAAUCACGACAAAGUUCCUCAUCUAACACAAAUAAGACACCUACAAAAGUAUUAGUUGUAAAUACAGAAGAACAUGAUGUGCUUAAAAGUUUUAUAGUGUCGGAUAAAGCUGAAAAAGAAGGGAACUCAGCAAAUCAAAAAACUCCAAUAAGUUUUAAACUUGGCGAAGCCGGUAUAUCUUUAACAUACGUCGCCAAAAAGGAUGUAAACGCAAGUGUUGCUUCUGAAGUAAGCACAGUAGAAAGCGGUAAAGAAGAUGAUACUUUAGUCAUUUUAUCUGAUGAAGACGAAGAUCCUGUUACAGCUACCGCAAAAAAAGUUAAACCAACUACCCCAACAGCCUCGGCAACGGAUAGCAACCACAUUCAUGGUUAUCGGUUAUUUCAUGCCCUGGCAUUGGAUAAUUGGGAAUCAAUCCAGACUGAGGGAACUGAGCAAACUCGAAACCAAAUCAUUGUAGAAAUGUGGAGGCAACUUUCGGAAAAAGAAAGACGUUCGUAUGUAGAGGAGGCACGGUUUAUGCGGGCACGGUUAAUUCGGCCUCAAAAACCACGACCAAAAAAAUCUAAAUUGUCCGACAACAGUAAGAAAACUAAGGGAGAGGAAAGCAGAACAGAAGUUUUAUCUGACACUAAAUUGGCUGUUCCUUAUGAGUGUGUAAUAUUAGAUUAAAAUGAUCAUUUUUUGUAUUUGGAUUAUUGAUUUUAUUUUGUUUGAUUGGCAUAAUUUAGAAUUAAGAUUAGGAAGUUUUUUGUUAAUUUAAUAAAACUAUAUGCAGUAAUA